UUACUGGAAGACGCGUCGGCCAUAUUGGUCAUCAUGUUGAAGCAGGCAGUACAAGUUUGCUCGCCAGUAUGGGUGCCAAAUCGGAACAUGGCUACUUUAAAAGACAUUUCAAUCAGACUGAAGUCAGUCAGCAACAUUCAGAAGAUCACAAAGUCAAUGAAGAUGGUGUCAGCAGCCAAAUAUGCACGUGCUGAGAGGGACUUGAAGCCAGCCAGGCCUUACGGCAAGGCAGCUCAGGCCUUCUACGACGCAGCUGAGGUUGAAACCUCAGACAAGGGCAGCCACUUGAUCGUUGCGGUGACGUCAGACAGAGGCCUGUGUGGUGCCGUCCACUCCAGCAUAGUGAGGGCCAUUCGUGCCACCCUGAAUGAGACCCCUGCUGGGGAGGAGACCAAACUGAUACUAAUUGGGGACAAGGCAAGGGGCAUGCUGCACAGGCAACAUGGCAGCAAAAUAUUAAUGACAUUUUCGGAUGUAGGGAAGAAACCUCCAACGUUUAAUGAUGCUUCAGAGGUUGCUAACCAAAUUAUGAAUUGUGGGUUUGAUUUUGAGCGUGGAUCAGUUUACUAUAAUGUUUACAAAUCUGUUGUGUCCUACCAGACCACCACUCUCCCCAUCCACUCCAUGUCCGCUGUCACCAAAGCUAAGAACAUGGGCAUGUACGACAGCGUAGAUGACGAGCUCCUGAGGUCUUACAGCGAGUUCCAGUUUGCAAGCCUCAUAUACUAUGCCAUGAAGGAGGCUGCCACCAGUGAACAGAGCUCUAGGAUGACUGCUAUGGACGGUGCCAGCAAAAACGCCGGUGAGAUGAUAGACAAGUUAACCCUGACCUACAAUAGAACCAGACAGGCCGUCAUCACCAGAGAGCUCAUAGAAAUCAUCUCAGGAGCUGCUGCUGUAUAAAAUUAAAGCCAAUUAGGAAACCUAGGGAUAUAUCUACAAAUUGUAAAUUGAUCUUAAGCAAGUAUUGUCAUUAUUAUUUAGAUUUCAACGCCUUGGGGAAACUCAGUUGAAAGGGAUUUUUGUCCAUAGGGAUGGAAAUAUUGAUGAUUUAUUUUCCCAGUGUGUGCACACGUUUUGAUCUUUGUUACAGCAGUUCCCAUAGGUGGGAUGCUCUCAACGGAUUGGAAUAGAAGAAUAGACUUUUUGGUGCCUGGCACGUUUAAUGUUGAAAAGACUUGUGAAUAUAAAAGAACCAGUAGAAGAGAAAUGGAACAGAUUUCAAUUAUGCGUUUUAGUGGCCG